AACGUUUCUCCGAUCCGGCAUUUUGUUCUUCCUAAAUCGCAAAACAUAUCCCUGAUAUAUCUACAAUAUCUGUCAGAUAUAUAGAGAGUUCUCGGCACGCGACACAUAAACAAUUUUCGAGUGCUUAUACAACAAACAAACAAAUACGAAAAAAAGAAACGCUAGUUGCAACAAUUCGAAUAUGUGCCACAUUAACAAAUAAAACACACAAAUUUACACUUUCUUGGGAUUAACAAACAAAUCAGAGACAACCCAGAGACUUACUCCAGGAUAAAAGGAGAGAUUUCCGAACGCAGGAUAUACCCCACAUACGCCAGCAAAAUGGUCAACAAACAGUAUACGGCCAACGAUCUGGAGGCUUUUAUGAAGAUAGCCGCCAACUGGCAGAAUUCGAACCACAGUUUGCUGGAGGGCGUCGACUUGAAGACGGAGAUGACACAGUACAUGAACAAUCCAUCGAUGAACAUGUACAAGAAACGGGAACGCACCCAGAACUGGAAUCAUCAGGAGAAGAAGUACCUGCUAGAUCUGUGCCGCAAGGAUAUGCGGAUCAUAGAGAACAAGCGCCUGGAUGCCGGCCUCACAGCCGUCAAGAACAAGGCCUGGAAGAUCAUACACCAGAAGUUUUCAAAUCAAUUUGGCACCGAUCGCACCUGCAAUCGCCUCAAGGAGCAGUGGCGCCGCAUGAAGGCUUGCACCCGGAAUGAGAUACUCGACUAUAACAAUCGUUUAGCCAGGUUCGGGGCAGAGGUGGCUGAUCGCAAGAAGCCGUCACCGUUCACCUUCGAGGUGUGGGACUUUAUGCAGGAGGCGAAGAAGGCCUGCAAGUCGGAGGCCUUGGAUGGCAUUGACUAUUCAAAGAUUCCACUGGCCCUGGAGGAGGGUUUCGAGUAUCGCGAGGACUACAAAUUCAAUGGGGAUGAGCACGAAAUGGACGACAGCAGUCGUACCCCACCGCAGGAGAUGUGCGAUGUGGACAUCAAGGAAGAGGAACACAACGAGACCUUUGAUGAGAAAUACAACAGUCACCAUCUCAACCAGAGCGACAUCCUAGGCGGUGGCGAGCGUCUGAGUGUGUCACCCAAUCACAGUCGCAACGGGAUCCACGAGGCCGAGAGUCCGGCCACAGUCUCGACAGCCGUUGCUCUCGAUGCGAGUACCGGCGGCGGUGGCGGCUUUCUCCCGGGCGGACCCGACAUGUCCGGCUUCCAGGCCAACUUCAACAUGAACAACAUAUCCGCCACGCUGGAGGCUCUCAAUGCCUUGAGGACCGGCCAGUUCCCCAGUGCGGCAGCUGCUGCGGCCGCCGCCAUCCAGCAGCAUCAGGCUCAGGCACAGGCACAAGCUCAGGUGGUCGCCCUGCAGCACCAGCACAAGAGCACCAAUAACAACAACAAUAAUGAGGACGAUGAUGAUCUGCUGAAGCCUUUGCCCAAGCGUCGGCGCACCAACAGCGGCAGCAUGUUGGGAAUCGAGGAUCAGCCGCAGUCUUUGACCACAUCCAUGCCGCCUUCGACAGACUGCCAGGCCCUGGAGCGUUCGGGCAGCAGCAGCAGCAACGGUCAUGGCGUAGGCGUUGGCGUUGGCGUUGGAGUCGCGACUGGCAGCUCCAGCAGCAACAACUUCGAGCUGCGCCUGUUCAUGGAGAUGCAGAGCAAGGAGCACAUGAUGCGCAUGAAGAUCCUCGAGGUGCAACUGCAGUCGGCCAAGCACAGCCGUGACCUGAUCGAGAUCAACAAGACCCUGGCGCUGCAGAAGCUGCAGGAGCUGGCCAGCAAGCGGCUGCCCAGUUAGGACACAGCGGGCGUCAGUCGAGCAGCGUUUCAUGUUAUGUUAGUUGUAGCCUUAACAGACGACUCCAUGGCUCCGUUCGCAGGUAGAGGGCGUAGCUGGAGAUCGGCUAGAGUUAGAGAUAGUGUUUUACACCUAAGUUAGAAGCAGGAUUCAUAUCUGUCCACACACACACACGCACAAACACACCCACAGUCACAAACAGAGACACCGAGUUGCAUGCUACCACAACAUUCCUGGCAUUGUUGAUCAGUAUUUGAAAAGCUAGAAGCGAAUCCCGCACACAGACCCCAACCCCAACGCGAACCCAACCAAGCCACAGAUGAAGGGAGGACCAGGAGACGCUCGAAAGUAUGCCAUAUUUCUCUCGCUCGCUCGCUCGGCCGCCCGCCCGCCCAUUAAGCCUACCUCACACACACCCACACCCAACCCACCCAUACACAAAAACACUCUCUUCUGGCCUCACCAGCACUUGACCAAGUCAAGUCAAGUUUUAGUUUGUAGUUAUAGUUCGUACUAGGGAAUAUCAUUCUCCAAGUUGCUCAACUACCACAAAUGUAUUGUACUUACGUUCUUGAAUUCAGUUUUACGUUCUGCUACCACCACUAACGGUCUGCUUAUACAUAUAUGUACAUACAUACAUGUACGAGUAUAUCUAUAGGCGAUUCUUUUUGUAUUCUUAAGCUAAUCCGACUUAUUCAGGAGGAUGUACUGUAUUGUAUUUUGCGCAGCAGCCCUACACACAUGUGGAGUCAUCUUUGAUUUUGAUUUGAACUUGUAUUUAUUUUAUCUUUGUAUAGACUUUAUUUUGAUUUGUGUAUACGUAUACCCACACGUAUGCCCUGUCCCUCUCUUAAUGCACAUGUGUGUGUGCAUAUAGAUGUUUGUUUGAAUGCCAUAUUAAAUGAAGGUUAAUUUCAA